GCAGUCCCAACUUUAAAACAGGUUCCCUCUACAGAAUAUAUGACAAAACAAGUUUGCUAGGAAUAUAUUUAAUCUACUGCCAUUUCAUCGAGUUUCCUUUUCCCCCAUUACUAGGAUUAUACAUUCCCACUAACAUUUCAUGGUGCACUCAAAUAUCCCUGGCAGAAGGAGCUUUGGUUCUGUGCUUGAUAUAAUUCGUCUGGCUGAUUCCGUGACAAAGUUAACUGCUCGAUGUGAACUCUGUGGGAAACGAGCAUUCUUUACUUUAAGGAAGACUGAGGAGACACAAACAGAAUUGAUCGGCGGGGCUGAUGUCUACAUGCCUGUAUGUCGACAGCACCAUGUCAAUGGACAUGGAGUCGUAGAAACUACAAGAAUGGUCUUGGAAUCUCAGAAACCUCAGUGCAGCUCUGUUGCAUAAUUCAUAAAACCUUGCAACCGCAGCAGGACAUCUAGGUCUUCCUACGACAUCCGGCUAAACGUAUUACAUUGUCUUAAGUGGUCCACAUGACAUGCUUAAGAUAAGAAAUUGAAUGUAACUUG